GAUAAUAUUGAAUUUGAAAAAGUUAAUCUUCUUGAUAUAAUCAUAAAUUGAUUGUUUUGUUCUUGUUAUAAUACUUUGCAGUGUCUGAUUGAAUGUUUUUCGGAAUUUAUAUGUUGUAAACAGCUGAACAUAUUGUUAAAUGUGAAUCAAAUGAAUUUAAAUUGAUAAUUUGUGGCUAACCAUGGAAUAUAGAAGUUUGAAUCCGUUUCAUAUGUUACUAUUUCUAACCGUGUUAUUGUUCAAAAAUGUAAAUGGUCAAUGCGACGACACAGGUCCACUUUUAUUGAAUGCAGACAAUUCACCUCAAUAUUUUACAUCACCAAAUUACCCAAGCAACUAUCCAGAAAAUGCUGAUUGCUCGUGGCGCAUUCUUGCACCAAGCACAGAUGACAGAAUCAUUAUCAACAUUGAAGAUUAUGAUUCAGAAAGUACAACAUCAGAUUAUAUGGAUUUGUAUGAUGGCUAUAAUGCAUCAGCAACGCGUAUAAUCCGGAUGGCUGUUACUAACAGGAAGAAUUUAAAUGCUUUUGUUAGCAGUAGUGAUGCUCUAUUCAUCACCUUUGUAUCUGAUUAUUGGAUACAAUAUACUGGAUUCCAAAUACUUUAUUUCACAAACAAUGCAGCUAAUCAGCCGGGAUGUGAUGACACACUAACAGUAUCAGGAUCGGAGCAGAUAUUGAUGUCCCCAAAUUUACCAGGCGCAUAUGACGCAUCUCAUUCUUGCUCAUGGACAUUUUCAUCAACUACAGGAAUUUUGUUUCAAAUAAAGUUUCUUGAUAUGGGAAAUUGUGGAACGAGUCACUUAAGAUUCUAUGAUGGUAAUUCCACGGCUGGCGCACAACUUGAUACAGUUUGUUCCACGGCACUAGUAUAUGAGUUUACUGACAUAGAAACAACCGAAUUUACCGGUCAUGUUGUCUGGACAGUUACCACUCCAACAUCUGACUUUUAUGGUUUUAUGUUGAUAUACAGGACUAACGUAGUCACAACGACUUCUACUACUACAACGACGACGACAAUGAUCCCCUCUGUAUUUGACAAUUGCACAGCUUCCGGGGCGUACCUUAGUCCAGCAAUAUCCCCAAAUUCCGUAUUCAUAAAUUCACCACAGUAUGGAAGCGCAUACCCAAGUAAUACAAUAUGUAGGUGGUACAUCUCGGCUCCAGAAGAUUACGCAGUUGAGGCGAACUUUGAUGACGACACCUUUGCCAUCGAAAGACACACUUAUUGUUCCUAUGACUACGUGAUCAUCUAUGAUGGUAACACCACAAGUGGUUUAAUGUUGAACAAAUUUUGCGGAAUUGAACGCCCAUCAUCAACUUAUAGGAGCUCAGGGCAGCAAAUGUUGAUAAUUUUCUCGUCUGAUUACGCCCUACAAUAUGCUGGUUUUAGGUUAAGAGUCAAAGCAGUUGAUAACACUUAUCCCGGUUGCAAGAUAGACAUUACAGAAUAUUCAGUGAUGUAUAAUAAAGAAACAACUUACAUUGCCAAUGGUGACAGCUAUAUUAAUACAAUAUCAAGUCCUAGUUUUGGUACUUUGAACUAUGAAAUUAAUUUGGAGAUGUUCUGGCUGUUCACAAACUACGACACAACAAACUAUAAAAUGGUUUUGGCAAUAACUAGCAUCAGAAUAGAAAGAGCAUAUCAAUGUCUGUAUGAUAAACUGAUUCUAUAUAACGGACCAUGUAUGAAAGACGGAAUAAGGGACACAGUGUGUGGUUACUGGGCGAAACGUUGGGAUCUAGAUGGUCCUGAAUUUCUACUUCAUUUCCACAGUGAUGGGUACAGAACACUAGCUGGAUUUGAAUUAGAAUAUUAUGCAGAAUCCAAAAUAGUUCCUGCCCCUCCAACGACUACAACAACAACUGGUGGUCCUCCUGUGGAAGCUGUUGUUGACGCAGUUAAGUCACUGUUGACAAAUUAUUCUAAUGAAAAUCUGCCUACCCGUGAUCUCAGUCUGGCAAUAACAGCAUCUGUUGAUUUCUAUCUAGUUGGAAUAAAUGGACUCGACGAGGUAGAGCAAAAAUUGACAACGACGGGCCAGUUUGAAGUGUCAUGGAUUGACUCAAGUUUGUCUUGGGAUCCAUUAAAAAGACAGCGCAUUGUUCAGAUACUGCUUCCGCAGGAUGAUCUUUGGAAACCAGACAUUGCUUUAAUGAACGGAUUUUCUACUAUCACUGCUAUGGGCGCCAAAUUCAUGUUUAUAGACGUCAAUUAUAAUGGCUCGUGUCUAUGGAAACCGUAUCAGAUUAUGGAAUCUGUGUGUAAGGUUGACAUGACACAUUACCCAUAUGAUAGACAGACGUGUGUGUUAAAGUUUGGAACAUGGGCAUCAGACGACAGUGAAGUUGUUACACAACUAGGUUCACUUGGUCUUCAGAUGCAUCCAAAUUUCCAAGAAAACUCUGAAUGGCGCCUUAUCAAGACAGAAACAAAGACAGAAGACAAUGACAAUCAUCAAGUUGUUGAAUUUUUCUUAACUUUAGAAAGAAACUCCCGAUUUGUGACAUUUUAUAUGACUAUGCCUCUUGUUGUAUUAGCUUAUAUGAACGUUUUUACUUUUGUGAUACCGACCGAGUCAGGAGAGAAAACGGGUUUCAGUAUAACAAUUUUCUUAUCAUUUGUUGUUAUGCUAAUAAUUAACAAUGACUCUAUGCCAGAAAAUUCUGACACCAUCUCUAUAUACGCGACAUUCGUUUUAGCAAUGACAAUAUUAAGUACAAUCACACUUAUAGUAUGUGUUCUACAAGUUCGAGCCUUAACAUUCUCAGAAAGCAAAUAUCCAAUAGCCAAACGCGUUAAAAGAGCCGUUGAACAUUUAAAGUGGGCACAGGCAAUAGUAACCUGUCGAAGAAAGAAUAACAAAGUAGGUAAUUAUGAUAGUAAGGCGAAAGAUAUGUCCACAAACAAACUAGAAAACGAAAAUUUGUUUAUUGUCAAUAACGAUAUGGUAGAAAACGACGCAGUUGAAAGUGCCUGUGAGAGGAAGGUAAAACGAGUUUCUUUUAUGGAUCAUGAUGUAAAUGAUGUAAAAGAUGACAAUUAUAGGGGUAGAUUUUCAAUGUCACAGCAUCGUGAGACAAGCUUUUUUAGCAGGAGGGAAAAUACGUUGUUUGAAUCUCAUACGUUAGUGCGAUCCGCAACAUUGAAUUCAAUGGAAGACAACUUACCUUUAGAUGACAAACGCAAAGAACGGGAAUCAUAUACAAUGAAAACCGUCAGAUUUGCAGAUAGAGAAGAUAAUUUUGAAAGUAAUCCCGAGAGGCAUACACACAUCGAUGGCGUCAAUCACACAGAAAUCGGCUCAUUUUCUCCUAAAACGACAGAUUUAUGUACAAAAGAAAUGAUUGAAGUAUCAAAUGAAUCGCGAAAAAAAAGACCAUCUGUAGCUGAGCAAAAAACUGUAGCUGAGCAAAAAACAGAAUAUGCUAGUCUUGUAGGUGUAGAUAAUGAAACUGACCUAGAUGAAACUUUUCUUCCAGUAAGAAGAGUGGUUGUAUCACCAAAACCCGAGUCGGAUGACAUCUCAUUUAUGCAAAAUAAAUAUUAUCAUAAAGUAGUAGUUUCGACACCAUUUGAAAACAAUCCGACUAAUCAUAUUGAACAUCGACUAGGAAAAGUUCAGACUCAGUUGACUGGAAUAUCUGGUUUCGAACCAGAAAUGCGCGAACUAUCUUUUAUAGACACAGUUUCAAGUCAGUUUCCUGAACCUACUUCGCGGCCUGUGUCAUCUUCAUUCACAUCUGAACUUAGAAUAAACCAAAUAAGGAAAGGAGAGGCGUCUACAUUGUCAAGUGGUAUUGAUUCAAACAUAAAUGUAGGCAAAGAUAGCAAACAUUGUACGAUAGCGGAUGAUGUUGAAGAAAGCCAAACAUAUUUUGCGGAUGAAUAUAAAAUGAAUAGACCAACAUCUGUUGCUGAAAACAGACCAAUUUUGCUAAGACAACCUUCCUGUACGGGAAGUCGAGUGAUACCAGCUGAAAAUAACACCACUGUGUACUCGGGAAAAAGUAGACCAUUUUCACAGAGCAGCGGUCGAGCUCAAUCUGCUUAUAGCAAUCGCUCGGGAUUAAUAAAUCACAGACCAUUUUCAGUGCUUAAUCGUGUAAAUUUAGAUGCUUUGGUACAAUCAAUUGAAACAGAUAAGAAAUUAGUUACUAUUGACAACAGUCACAAAUCAGUGUCAGUGUCAAGUAUUGAAAGUUCAAGUGAAGAGAGUGAAUGUAAUACGGUUUCUGAUGAAGAAGAAUCUCCUGACGAUGACAUUUCAUGGGCUGAUUUAAUAUCAUUUUGUAGGUGGGCGAAAAAAUUUAAAGGUGAGCUUUCUGUGAUUAAAGAUGGUCAUCGAAGUGGACGUCCGAAGUCGUCAGUGACUGAUAAGCAUGUGGCUGCUGUGAAAGCAUUGGUGGAAGAAGAUGGCCGUUAUACAGUAAAGGAUAUGGCUAAUAAUGUUGGCAUUUCAGAAGGAAGUGUUCGUGAAACUUAA